AUGGGCUUGCGGUUUUCGGCACGGUUCGGCCGCAGACAAGAAAGAGGGAAGACGGAAUCCGCCGGCGCGAACUGCCGCCACGUGGCACAUGCGUGGUGGAAGCAGCAGGCAGGCGAUCGGCAUUCAGCGGGGAGCAGCGGGCGGGACUGCCCCGACAAACUUGAUGGGGGUGGAGGUGCAGGGGAGGGGGAAGCAACGGCGGAGAAUUUGGGGGUCUCAUGUGGAGUGCUACAGCCAGGGGGGCGGCCGGGGGUGACCGGAGCACCCCGGGGAGUGCUACGGCCAGGGGGGCAGCCGGGGGUGACUGGAGCACCCCUGGGAGUGCUACAGCCAGGGGGGCAGCCGGGGGUGACCGGAGCACCCCUGGGAGUGCUACAGCCAGGGGGGCAGCCGGGGGUGAUCGGAGCACCCCUGGGAGUGCUACAGCCAUGGGGGCAGCCGGGGGUGACAGGAGCACACCAGGGAGCGCUACAGCCAAGGGAGCAGCUGGGGGCGAUUGGAGCACCCCAGAGAGAGCAGCAGCCAGGGGGGCAGCCGGGGGUGACUGGAGCACCCCUGGGAGUGCAACAGCCAGGGGGGCAGCCGGGGGUGACCGGAGCACCCCUGGGAGUGCUACAGCCAGGGGGGCAGCCGGGGGUGACCGGAGCACCCCAGGGAGCGCUACAGCUAGGGGAGCAGCUGGGGGUGACAGGAGCACCCCUGGGAAUGCUACAGCCAGGGGGGCAGCCGGGGGUGAUCGGAGCACCCCAGAGAACACAGCAGCCUGGGGGGCAGCCGGGAGCGACCGGAGCACCCCAGAGAACACAGCAGCCUGGGGGGCGGCCGGGAGUGACCGGAGCACCCGAGGGAGAGCAGCAGCCAGGGGGGCAGCCGGGGGUGACCAAAGCACCCCACGGAGUGCUACAGCCAGGGGGGCAGCCGGGGGUGACCGGAGCACCCCAGGGAGUGUUACAGCCAGGGGGGCAGCCGGGGGUGACCGGAGCACCCCUGGGAGUGCUACAGCCAGGGGAGCAGCUGGGGGUGACCGGAGCACCCCUGGGAGUGCUACAGGCAGGGGGGCAGCCGGGGGUGACCGGAGCACCCCAAGGAGUGCUACAGCCAGGGGGGCAGCCGGGGGUGACCGGAGCACCCCUGGGAGUGCUACAGCCAGGGGGGCAGUCGGGGGUGACAGGAGCACCCCAGGGAGCGCUACAGCCAGGGGAGCAGCUGGGGGCGAUUGGAGCACCCCAGAGAGAGCAGCAGCCAGGGGGGCAGCCGGGGGUGACCGGAGCACCCGUGGGAGUGCUACAGACAGGGGGGCAGACGGGGGUGACUGGAGAACCCCAGGGAGUGCUACAGCCAGGGGGGCAGCCGGGGGCGACCGGAGCACCCCUGGGAGUGCUACAGCCAGGGGGGCAGCCGGGGGUGACCGGAGCACCCCAGAUAGAGCAGCAGCCAGGGGGGCAGUCAUUGGACGACCGGGAGCAGCAGUUGGAGGAGUGGUGCCGACUUUUGGAGUUUGAUACCCCCAUGGCGACUGCGGAGGAGUCAGAGGCGGACAAAGAACCUCCCAUGCAGCCUUCCCCAUGCCCUCGUUUUCCGUGUGACACGUGUUUUCACACGUUCGCUACGCGAGGGGCUGCUGCGAAACACAUGAGGGUAUGCCGGGCGGCUGAGGCGGAGAGGCGCGCGCAGGCACUUGGCUCGACCCUGUCACUGGUGGAGACCGACACGCAGGAGCGACCGACGCCGCGGGAAUUUGGGGACGAGGCGUGGGCCGGGGUUACGUCUUGGGAAUGGGAAGCAUUUUUCAGUGUGGAGGCGGUUGGAGGGAGGACAGUGCGCCGGAUCCCACAGCGGGCUCGGUCGGGGGUCUUAGACGCGCUCUGUUGCGUCUUAAAGCGUUUGAAGAGCCGGCCGGGGGAUGAAGCCGCUACCCUACUACUCUUGGCUUUUCCGCGCCUCAUCCUAGCCGUGCCUCCCAAGCCAGGCAUAGGACAGAAGGCGCUGAUCAUAGAGCGGUUGGGGGCGUUUUGGGAGGGGAGGUGGCGGGAGCUGUUCGACUCCGCCAUGGUGGCGGCGCGGCCAGCAGUACGCCCACUUGCCUACACUUGCUCUGACCAGGACCCGGAUGCCAUCCGCCUGUCACGGUGCCGAUCUCGGUGUAAAGUGGGAGAGUGGAGCCGCGGAUUGGCUUGCCUUACGGCAGGGGAGUUGGCCCGGCCGUCUGAGGCCAUGGUGCAGUCGCUGCGAGAGAAGCACCCUGCUAGCACUAGCGAGGUACCACAGUGGGUCCGUGAUUUCACCGUCGAUGCUCCUCAGCGGCCUCCACUCACGGCCGACAUCCUGGCCAGAACUAUCCAUACAGCCGCUCGCGCUUCAGCAGCAGGGCCAUCGGGGUGGGUCACGGAGCAUCUGCGCGACACCUUCCUCACUGAACCUUCCUGCCUUUCCCACCUGUUGGAGGUGUUCAACCAAUGGGUGGCGGGACAGGUCCCCGAGCGGGCUCGGCCCUGGCUCGCCGCAUCCAACCUAGUUGGGCUUUCCAAGCCUAACGGCGACGUCCGGCCGGUCGCGAUUGGGGAAGUGCUUCCGCGUAUCCUUGCUCGAGCUCUCUGCAUCUCGCUCCGCCCUGCGAUGGCUUCCUACUUUCUGCCGUGCAACCAGCUGGGAGCGGGCACCAGGGCCGGGGUAGAGAUUCUUACCCAUUCUUUCCGGUCAGCGCUGGCUACUCACCCCGACUGGUGUGCGCUGCAGAUAGAUGUCGCGAACGCUUUCAAUUCGUUUCACCGUCAUGCGAUGUUUGAGGGGCUGCGGGAGUCGCCUUUCUCAGGGUUGAUCCCAUUCUUACGUGUUUUCUACGGGACACCUAGCGAUCUGUACCUCCGAGCGGGCCCUUUUGUACAGAGCCUUGAGUCGGCACGAGGAUCGCGGCAGGGGGACCCGCUCGGCCCUUUUCUUUUCGCGUUCACGCAGCAGCAGGUGAUGGAGUCGGUGACUAGAGAGUUCAGGGACCUACUUUUCCUGAGCUACGCAGACGAUACCUAUAUCCUGGGACCGGCGGCUAGGAUUCUAGAGGCGUUUGGGGUGCUGCGGGAGCGGUUGGAAUGGGUGGGGCUGGAGGUGCAGGCGCACAAGUGCCGGUUUUGGGAGCGCGAGGGCGGGGAUGUGGAGCUGGCAUUGCCAUUGGGGAUGCAGCGGGUGGAGGAGGGUCUCACUGUGGUGGGUGUGCCUAUUGGGGAGGAGGGUUGGGAGGUGACCCGGUUACGGGAGCGGCUUAGACAGUUGCAGGCGCCAUUGCCAUGGCUCCCCCUGCUCGACCACCCCCAGAUGGCUUCACAUCUCCUCGCCAUUGCAGUUUCAGCACGGCCGAUGUACCUGGCCCAGACUAUGCCGCCGCGUCCGGAGGUGGUGGAGGCCUUCAGGGAUUGGGAUAGCUGUCUGGAGGAUUGCUUUGAGCAGCUUUUCCCACCUGGCACUUGGGAGCAUGACCCCGACCGGUCUAGGCGCGCGCGCAUGCAGCUGCAUCUCCCUGUGCGACUCGGAGGGUUUGGGAUCCGGGCAGCAGCCUCUUUGAGUCCGCUGUCCUAUGUUUGUGGGUGGGCACAGGCCGCGCGUGAUAUUGCACAGUUGGGGGUGGCGGGCGAUGAGGCGAUGUUUGCAGAGUACCUCACCACUUCGGCAGGGGCGGAGUUUCUUGACCCGUGGUUUGCCAAGGCUCUUGAGCAGCUGCCUGCGACUAUACGCCAGGAGAUGCCGGGCUUACCUCUGUGCGUAGCGGCCCCUCCUCUUCGGCUUUUCCAGGCGCGGCAGCGGUUGUUGGCGGUAGAGGAGCUCCAGACACUGCGUCGCUCGGCUCGUGACGAUGCCACCCUGGCCCGUUUCACAUCCCUUCAGGGCCCGGGGGCUGGUGCAUGGGUUUCGGCGGUUCCGGCUCACUCAGAUCUCACAUUCACUGCGGCGGAGUGGGGCAUUGCUGCUGCUAUACGGCUCGGGCUCCCAAUUCAGCAGCUGCAGGUGGCGGGGAGGUGUGUUUGUGGCACAGCAUAUGUUGACUCAGCAGACCCGCAUCAUGCCCUGAGAUGCAAGCACCAGCAUGGUCCAUCUCGGGUACAUGAUGAGGUGAAGUUUGCGGUGGCGAAGAUCUCUAAGGCGUCUGGGGGGGUGGUGACAAUGGAGGAUAGUGUGGUGCUGCAGGGGAAGCGGGUUGAUGUGGCGGUGCGACGACCAAUGGCUGGAGAGGCUCACGCCCUGGAGAUCAGCGUCGCGGACCCGCUAUCGCUGUCUCCAUCUUUGCUAGGACAGUGCGGGCGUCAAAUAGGCGUGGCGGCAAGAGAAUGGGAGCGUCGUAAAACGAGCGAUUACGCGCCUCUGCUUGCACGCAACCGGGGCGUGCAGUUCACUCCUCUGAUAGUGGAGACGUGGGGGUGUCUCGGCGGUCGCUUUCGGAGGUGGCUUCGUCAGCAGGGAGAUGCGCACGUGGGGCUAGCUGUGUCGCGGGGGGCUUGUCGGGAGGACGACACUGUGUUUUCGGCUUAUCUUCUAGGGUCACUGAAGGCGCUCAUCGGGGUGGCGUUGCAACGUGCGCAAGCCCGUGUCAUCCUGCUUCGAGCGGCGUCUUCUAUGGGGGGGAUUAACGUUGACUUGGUGGACCGGGAGUGGGACGAUGGCGAUGCGGAAGGCGGGGCUCUCUGGGUGGAGGCCCCGUACAUGGUGGAUUCGCUGUUGUGA